GGUUUGCUUUGUUGUGGUGGUGUACUUUCACUUUACAGUAAGGUACACUUUAACGUGUUAAGAAACGGGGGAUUUUUUUUUACAACAAGUUGAACCACAAAACCUGCGGUGUGCCAUCGUAGUGAAACUAAAGCGUGUCUGUUUUGUUUUGUUGGAGUGAAAGUCAAAUAAAUUCAUCAUCAUGGCUCGCAGGACUUUCAUCUGUCGAUACAAGACGGCCCUGACUGAGUGUGUGGAGCAGCUCCUGGUGGAGGAUGCUGGACCCGGUCAUCUACAGUCAAUAUUAAGGAGGCUGGAGACGAUGGAGAGCAGCCUUCAGUGGUCAGCAGGAAGACUGAUCGAUACAACUUCAUCUGAUCAACUUCUGGACGUCUUGGCUGAACUGAUUCAAGUAGUGAGAUCGUUCACAAGGCGCAAACAACACGGCUGCGUUGGAUGUCAGGCACCACAGGGUUCGGACAGAGGUAGAUCCCACCUCAUCACCCAGGAGCAGCUGUUAUUCCUGACCUCCUGUGCUUUUACAGCACAUCAGAUGGCCGAAAUAUUAAACGUUUCUGUUUCUACAAUAAGAAGGCGUUUGAAACAUUUUCACCUCAGCCGUGCCUCACAGUACGCUAAACUGUCAGACGGUGCCCUGGACGAGUUCGUUCAGCUGAUGGUAGAGCGUAACCAUCCGUUUGAACCGGAGGCGGUCCGAGCGUCUCUUCAAGCCAGAGGAGUGAGGGUCCCGAUGAGGAGGGUCAAAGCCUGCAUGAUGAGGAUAAAUCCCCAAGCAGCUGCGCUUGUCGACCUGGUGCGAAGACGUGUGUACGUGGGAUGAGGGCGGAGCCGGCCGGUGU